AUGACGCCCGCAUGCGCUGCCGGCCGCGUCUGCGGGUUCGCCGCCCACCGCCAUGCAUGCCUGCGAAGCAACGCAUGCGCCGAGGCGGAGUUCCGAAAGCGAGCAAGCAAGCAGCAAGCAGCAAGCAGCAAGCAGCAAGCAGCAAGCAGCAAGCAGCAAGCAGCAAGCAGCAAGCAGCAAGCAGCAAGCAGCAAGCAGCAAGCAGCAAGCAGCAAGCAGCAAGCAGCAAGCAAGCAAGCAAGCAAGCAAGCAAGCGGAGAAACGCCCAGAGAUCUGACGGCUGCCUAA